CAGACAUGGUCACAGGAAGAAGCUACUCGCCAUAAAAGCCAAAUCCCAAGCUCCCUCCUCUCGAAAGCCGCAGGAGAAGCUGCCAUUUGCAAGCAGCAAGAAGCUCAUCAAGAGAUUUAUAGAUAUAGACAAUCAUCCACUAGUGAAGAAGCAUAAAAAUUCUCAGGAGAGGGAGAGGGAGGAGGGCUCAGCAUUUCAUCAUCUUUGCUGCUUGGAAUGGUGGAGCUCUGACCCGAGCCAUUGGACCAAAAUAGGGUCAGAAGAGGGGAGAGAGAGAGAGGAGGAGGAGGAGGAGGAGGAGCUGCAGAAGAAGACCGGGGCCUGCCAUUUUUAGCCGCUGCUCGUGCUCCCAAUCUGAGGCUGCCGGUGCUUGCUUGCUUCCGCCUCUCGGGUUCUUGCAGCUCCCUGGGACCCCAAUCCACAGAGGCAGCCAGCAACCGGCCGAAUCCGGUCGUCUUCUUGAUUCUUGGUGCAAGGGAAGGGAUUCAGCUCUCCCGCGCGGGUUCUUGCAAUCGAAGGGGGUCGAGGAUUAGUGAGUAAUUUUUCAGUGGUUACAAUAUCCUUUGCAGCAAUCAUCCAUCAUAAAUUUUCUCCAAGAAAGUUUAGAAAGAUUGGAGCCAGAUAACUUUGAAGAAGCUAGCAAAGCAGGAGAGAUUUGGGGAUAGAUCGAUUUUUGUGAGCAUAUUUAUUGGAAAGUAGAUUUGUGGAUAGGAAUAUGUUUGGUACCCAAGUGAGGGAUUUGGAGGAUGAUUUCAACCCUAGGAGGAGGAGGACAUUGUGGAACACGCCAGCUGCAUCCAUGCCCACCACAACCACCCACACCAUCAGGUACAGCACGCCUAGGAAGGGCCAUGCCAGUGCUCACCAGCUUUCGGUCAAAUUUGAGGAUCUGUAUGGGUUCAUGGUGGAGGGCAACGUGGACGAUGUCAAUGUGCUCAAUGACGUGAGGGAGAGGAUGAGGGAGCAAGGGAGGGUGUGGUGGGCGCUCGAGGCGAGCAAGGGCGCAAACUGGUACCUCCAGCCCAGGAUCUCCUCCAAUGGUGGUGGUGAGGGGGUAAUCAGUGUCACGUCGCUCAAGCUCUCGGUGCUCACCAAUACGAUUACGCUGCGGAGGCUGAUCAGAAAAGGGGUGCCACCGGUGCUGAGGCCGAAGGUGUGGUUGUCAGUGUCGGGGGCUGCCAAGAAGCGCUCGACAGUGCCUGAGACGUACUAUGAUGAGUUGAUCCGGGCCACAGAGGGGAAAACCACGCCAGCCACGCUGCAAAUCGACCAUGAUCUUCCUCGCACAUUUCCAUGUCAUCCUUGGUUGAACAGUGAGGAAGGUCAGGCAUCUCUUCGGCGUGUGCUUGUUGGGUACUCCUUCCGUGACUCAGAAGUUGGAUAUUGCCAGGGUUUAAAUUAUGUAGCUGCACUGUUGUUGCUUGUUAUGAAGACAGAGGAAGAUGCAUUCUGGAUGCUUGCUGUACUACUCGAAAAUGUACUUGUCAAUGAUUGCUAUACUGAUAAUCUUUCUGGAUGCCAUGUUGAGCAGAGAGUUUUCAAAGACCUCCUAACUAAAAAAUGCCCCAGGAUCGCUGCUCAUCUUGAAGCAAUGGGUUUUGAUGUUUCUCUUGUUGCCACAGAAUGGUUCUUGUGCCUCUUCUCCAAGACCUUGCCUUCAGAGACAACCCUACGGGUAUGGGAUGUUUUAUUCAAUGAAGGAGCAAAAGUGUUGUUCCAUGUUGCUCUGGCAAUUUUCAAGAUGAGAGAAGAUGAUCUACUACGUAUUCAACAUAUUGGUGAUGUAAUUGAUAUUUUGCAGACAACUGCUCAUCAUCUAUACGACCCCGAUGAACUCCUCACGUUCGCUUUCGAUAAGAUUGGUUCCAUGACGACAAACACGAUCACAAAGGAAAGGAAGAAGCAGGAGACAGUUGUCAUGGCUGAGCUUGACCAAAGAAUCAGACGGUUAAGUUCACUCAAGAUGGACGGAUAAUGUAUUAAAAAAAAAGGAAAGGCUAUGGAGUGUAGUGGCCUUGUAGGUUCUUUUUUUUUUUUCUGGAAUACACGUAAGGUUUGGAAACAGUGAUACGGUACUUUGCACCAGUUCAGACUGCGGCUCAAUGAUGAGCAAAAUCGUGGAAGAACUGAGAAUGUGAGGGGAGAUGCAAAAAAAAAAAAAAAACUGCAAUGUGGGUUUUCCUAUGACGAUCA